GAGGAGGCUGAGGCGGCGGCGGGCCCGGACGAGCGCCCGGAGGUGGCGGACGAGGCGCCAGGGGCCCCCAUGGGCGGGUGUGUGGGCGCCCAGCACGACUCCUCGGGAAGCCUCAACGAGAACUCGGAGGGCACCGGAGACCACCUGAAUGGUUUAUCUUCAUUUGGUGGACCACUCACCUGCUUCUUCCUGCCGCCCCUCACCAUCCUUACCCAGCUUUCUACUUCUGCUUAUCGGGCAGCACUAGGCUACCAGCAAGCUCCUCAUGAUUCACUGGUAGUUCAAGGACCAUAGGUUGAGACUUACUGACGCUUGCUUUAGGUCGUAACCAGCCUUUGAAAAAGGAGAAACCCAAAUGGAAAAGUGAUUAUCCCAUGACAGAUGGACAGCUGCGCAGCAAGAGGGACGAAUUUUGGGACACUGCACCAGCUUUUGAAGGCCGUAAAGAGAUUUGGGACGCCUUGAAGGCUGCAGCGCAUGCUUUUGAGAGCAAUGAUCAUGAACUGGCACAAGCGAUCAUUGAUGGUGCAAACAUCACAUUACCGCAUGGUGCACUUACAGAAUGCUACGAUGAGCUGGGAAACAGAUACCAGCUUCCAGUCUACUGCUUGGCACCGCCAAUCAACAUGAUCGAGGAAAAGAGCGACACAGAGACUCUAGAGAUCCCCGAGCCACCUCCCACUUCUGGGUAUGAAUGCCAGCUCCGUUUGCGCCUUUCCACGGGCAAGGACCUCAAACUUGUGGUCCGCAGUACGGACACAGUGUAUCACAUGAAGAGGCGGCUCCACGCGGCAGAAGGGGUGGAACCGUGUAGUCAGCGGUGGUUCUUCUCUGGCAGACCUCUCACUGACAAGAUGAAGCUGGAAGAGCUGAAGAUCCCAAAGGACUAUGUUGUGCAGGUUAUAAUGAGCCAACCUUUGCAAAACCCAACACCAGUUGAGAACUGAGCUGGUCCUAUUGGCUGGUCCCCAGAUCCCACCCCCGCUCUUUUUUUCUUGUUUCCUACUCUAUAGCGUGAAAUUUAUUUUCACUGCUCUGAAUUCCGUAUGAAUGGAUUUAGUUCUGAGGAAUUACCAGUGAAAAAUUCCAUCUGUGAUGGAGACCAACAAAAUUAAUUAAUAAAACAAAGAGCUAGCCUUUGAGACUCAUGUAAUUACAAUUUCUAAUUUGAGGGGCAGUUAGGAAAUAGAAAAUCAUUUAUUUUAAAAACAUCCAGCAACUACAUAAUGGCUGUAUUUAAAUGAUUUGAAUUGUAAAUAGAAUAGUGCAUCCAUGAAGACAGCACCAAGCACCUUGUGAAUACAGAAUUUUUAUAAAAACAAAUCAAAUAUAAUUUCCAGAUAUCAAUAACAGUUAUAAAACUUGAGCUUUUUAAAAUGUAAAUUGGAAAGAGCAGUAUUUGAGUUUUGCUUCUAUUCUGGUCUUAAUUCUUCGCUCAAUUAAUAUUUAGUCAUAAAGGAUUAGAUACUGGCAAACUGUGUUUCGGUAUUGCUUCCCACCACUUACGUUGAGCUCUUUAUUUACAUUCACACUAAGUUUUGGUGCCUUCGAGCACAUUGAUGGCAGGCACCCUUCUGGAACACUACGCAAUAAUUUAGUCAGUGCAAUCAGAUCUCUGAUCUUCAACGGGUAGUCAGUUGGAUACUCUUGUCCUUGCUGUAUAGCUAUUUUGCAAUGUCUGUAUAACGAAGCUGUUUCCAUAGCUAGGCUUAGAAGAUCAGUACUAUAUCAUACCUUAAUUGUUCUCUUUAUUCUUCUUGGAACUUCUCAGAACUAACUGUGUCCCCAGAUGCAUGGAUACUGGGCCAGGGAAUGCAAGGAGUCAAGUACAGCUAUUCCGACUGUAGGAUAAUAAAGUAAUUGUCUCUUCUCCCCUAGUUUGCAGGAAGGGUGUGAGGAAAACUCAUUCUCUCUGUGCCUGAGAGAAUUGUACCUAUUUUCAGUCUUUUAGAGGAUAUUCCAACUUAUAUUUGACUAAUGUGAAAGAUUUACUGACGUCACUUAAACAUCAGCAGUGAGACCAAAUGGUGAAAUGUUGCUUCAUACUUUAGUGCUUUCCAGCUCACUGUUACCUUAGUUAUGGUGGAUGACAGUUUUCCUCUCAUCUUUCCCAGCAAGGAGGCAAAUUAAGAACCAUCUGCAGAUUUGCUCAUAGAGGACUGAAAAAUCUGGUAAGAUAACCUGAUUCUUUGAUACUAUGACUGGAAUAAAGCUGCUGAGGAUAUUUAAUUUGGAGCCUUCUCAAGGUUUGUUUCAUUAGAGGGGGGGUUACCACAUGAUCACUGUACCCCUGAGAAUAUAUGAGAUGGAAUAGUAGAGGAAGAAGGCAUGUAUGCAGUUUGCAGUUGGGAAACAAACCUCCACACCUGUUUGGAUGUGAAGCACCAUUAUUAAUUUCAAUGGCAAAAUGAAACUGCUAAUUAGUUUAAAUGUAAUGUUUAAAAAGGUAUUAAACUUCCUAUAGCCUAUUAGAUAUAAUUUAUAAUUGUAAUAUGUCAUGUUUCUGAGAGCUUUAACUACUUCCUUUUUAAUGCAACUAUUUUAAACAUUGUGGCUACAUUUAAUUUAGGUUUGCUGGUAAUAAUUGAACCUAAAUUCAAGAAGAUACAGCAGCAUUAAUUCCAAAGGAGUAUUUUUGUAUAUGGAGGUGGAGGUAUGUGAGGGCAUUUAAUGCUCUAUCAUUAAAAAGUUUUGUUAAUUUGUGUGCCACACUGAAUAGCAACAUCUCUCAAAGUUUGUCAACUGGAAAAAAAAUUGUUCAAAUCUAUUUUUCUUAAGUAAAUUUGGCUUUAUCAUCAAUAA